UUAUACCGUUUCAGCAAAUAUUGCCAAAAACAUAUCCCAAGGAAAACUAGCAAUUUAACCGAAGCACUUGCGCAUGCGCAUAUGUUUUUGCCUGUCAUUUUUCAUCUGUCAAUUGGAUGCCGAAAUUACUGGAACCUUCAAAUAUUACCAACAAACUAUUACAAGAAAAUCUUAGCAUUACAACCAAAGCACUUGCGCAUGCGCAUAUGUUUUUACCCGUCAUUUUUCAUCUGUCAAUUGGACGCCGAAAUUACUGGAACCUUGAGAAUCAAAUCACAAGGAAAACUUUAUGCCAUUUUUCAUCUGUCAAUUGAACACAGAAAUUACUGGAUCUUCAACGAAGAGUACCACAAAUUGAAAUUGACCCUAGACACGCGGUCCAACCAAGAAUUGCGACGACGAUGGCGGCCGGCGACUGGAACUCAAAAUCGAAAUCCAAAUCAGUUUCUGAAUCUGGAAACCCAGUCUGGAUGGACCCAAGAUGCCAUGGGGAUGGGACAUUUGUAUGCAAAUGUGUACAGUGAUUGCUCUCCGCCGAAACCAAAAGCAAAAGCAAAACCACAGGCAAGACGGUAGGAGCGACCACAAUG